UUGUCUCGCCGACGGUCGGUUGAACGCGUAAAGAUUGAUAAAAAUAUAUUUAUUAAGUUAAUUAAAUAUAAUAAAAUCGUAGGACGUAUGUGAGUGUUUUCUUUUUGACGGCGGUGUGCAGUGAAUGUUAAUGUGCCGAAUGAAACAAUUGUAAAGCAAACUAAUAAACUCAAUUAAUAGUCAUUGAAAGGAAAAUGCAUUUGCAAUUGUGUAAACGAAAAGCUAAACGAAAAAAUGGCCUUUAAAUUAAACCAUAAAUGUGAAAGUGUUGACCACGCGUCUGUGAAAAAGGAGUGCGCGUGGUAGCAAAAAAAAGAAGAAAAAUCAAUUGAAAAAGAAAAAUUGCAUUUCGCUGCCAGCCCGAAACGGAAAAUAUAUAAGUGUAUUAGUUGGAGUAGUAGUCGUCGUCGUCGUAGUAGUAGUGGUGUGGAAAAUAUUAAGUUGCUGUUAGCUGCGCGAGUUUUGUGGGGUGCAGAAGUAGCAAAAAAGGAGACAGCGACGAAAGUGCCCGUCCCCCCAGCUUUUGCAGCAACCAAGUGGCCAGAAAGCGUUGGAAAAAUGAGUUCAAGUUGUGAAAGAUUAGAAUGGGUAGAAAUUAUCGAGCCACGCACCAAGGAGCAUAUGUAUGCCAAUUUAACAACUGGCGAAUGCGUUUGGGAUCCACCUGAGGAUGUGCCAAUUAAGCGCACAGACUCAUCGCAGUGGUGGGAAUUGUUUGAUACGAAUACUCAGCGCUUCUAUUACUACAAUGCGGCUACGCAGAAAACCGUGUGGCAUCGGCCCAGCAAGUGUGAUAUCAUACCGCUGGCCAAGCUGCAGACGCUCAAGCAGAACACCGAUCCCAGCGAGCGGCGUGAGCACACCACGCCACAGAAGCAAUCGUCGCAGUCAAGGCAACAGCAACAGCCACAAUUGGCGUCGCCCAUGUCGUCGGCAAAUAAGAAAACUGGGCGUAGUCAGCGCAGCAGUGGCAACGGCACUGUGGCCAGCUCCGAGGAGAAACUGUCCAGCUCCACGGGUAAUGAAAUGAUCUCUAGUCCGCGUGGCCGCCAAAGCUUUCGUGUCGGCACGGGUGAUUCAUCCCGUUCCAUGGAUAUGCAGCAGCCAUCGCAUCAACAGCAGCAACAACAGGCAUAUGCCUCUCGUCGCUCCCAAGACUCGUGUAACCACUACAAGGAAUCUGGCAAAUCCAGCGACUCCAGCCUGUCCAGUGCUCAUGGCUAUCGCCGCUUUAAUGAUGCCGCCAAUGGGGGGCCCAGCGCUCAUGCGGAUGGACUGCGGCUGGGCUCGUUGCAAAAACAAGCACGCGCAGCUGGCAAGGAUAAUGGCGCCUUUGAAAUGCUGCAAGAAAGCGUAAGCGCACAUAAUUUACCGCAUGGCUUGUCAUCGGCCUCCACGGGCUUCGUUGGUGGUAGUGGUGGCGUCCCAGACAACAAGUACUUUGAUCAUCAGCUGCUGCCUGGUCAUAUGCAGGGCUAUUGCUCCUCGAAGUCAUCCGAUAUUGCCUCACCAACACAUUCGAUAAAUACGCCGCAGGCGCAGAAGAAGAAAAUCUCACCCGUUGAUGAGCGACAAUACAACUACGCACAACAGCAACAGCAACAGCAGCAGCAACAACAACGCAACUCACAACGUGCAGCAGCUGGAGCUGGUGGUGUUGGCAAAGCUUUUGGUGCAGCCAUGGCUGAUCGCGAGUACAAAGUAUCGCUGGCACGCUCUGGCAGUUUUAUGUCCUCGUCCAUUAAUCCUGCCGCUGCCGGACAUCACAGUAAAUCGUAUCGCAAGAGCAGUGCCGAGGCCAAUGGCGGCGGCGGCGGUGGUGCUGCCAGUGAUGACUCCAUGCAUGAGAAAUACUUCAAGUCGGUGGAGAACACGCCGCUGUCGCGUCGCCGUCACACAACCAAUGCCAAGAGUCAUGGCAGCGGUGGCGGCGGCGCCAGUGGCAGCAAUACAGCCACCAGCACCGCCGGCAGCGGCAGCAGCAGUCACAAGAAGCACUCGAGCGACUCCAGUCCACAGAGUCCCAUCAGUCCGCAGACGAAGAGUUCGCGUCAGGCCAAGACCAGCGCUACGAAUCCGCCGCCGCAGCUGCAGCUGCAGCAUUCACCGCGCAUCCAAGAGCCCGGCUGUGGCAUGGAUUUGCUCAGCUUGGAGCGCAUAUCGCUGGGCAAGCCAGGCCCUGUUUCGCCCAGCGGCAACUCUGAUAAUCUGGGCAUGAUGACGCACUCGUCGCGCGGCUCCAACGACUCGGCAGCCAGGCAGCGUCAGCGUUCGAACAACUCAACUGCAAAUCGCUCGCAGACACAUCACUUGGCCAGCGGUCAGGGCUCGCUGCGGCACAGCGCCAGCUCCAGUCUGGACAAGCGUGGCUAUCAGAUGCUGCAGAGCGGCAGCGGCAGCGACUCGCGCCGCCACAAGACGCCGCAACAUUUGCAGGCGGACAACAGCGAUGUGGAGUACGACAACGGCAACAUUUCGCCGCUGUAUAGCAACUGUGGUCAGGAGAUGCCGCAUUUGCUGCCCCUCAAGCAUUAUAUUCGAGAGCAGGCCAAGCUGUUUGGUCGCUAUGAUUAUGGUGCUGAUGGCGCUGGCGACUCGGACUCCUAUCACUCGGAUAGUCAGUCGGAGCAUUCGCUGUCGGGGCAUGAGCCAGACAAUGAGGACUCUGACGGCGGCUCUGACUCGCAUGGCGGCUACUUGGAGCAUAAUUAUGGCAUGAUUGAUGACUAUGCCAACAUGGGCGACAGCGCCUCCUACUAUGCGUAUCAGUAUCCGCCCUACGAUCCAGCUGGACGUGAAGAAAUUUCCGAUAAUGUGGAGGCUGUGCUGGAUAGUAUUGGUGGCAACACAGAGCCCACAGCAGCGGCGACCAAGCCAAAGCCACGCUAUCAGAUCUCAUACUAUGACACAGUCUCGCACAGUCCAUCCUCCUCCUCCACGGUGGCGCCGGGCCAUCAGUAUAAUCAGCAGCUGUACUCUAAUACGCCAGCGUAUCCGUAUCAUGGACAUGGCUUGGGUCAGCCACCAGCACCACCACACCAGCAGCAGCUGCAUUUGGAUCCCAGCGAUGCAGCCAGCGCCAAGCAGAAACAAUCGCAGACGCUGCCCUCACCAAAUCGUCAAAUCUCACGUUUGGCCAAAGAUGACGCCAGCCAUGGGCAGCCACAGCAGCAGCAGCAACAGUCACCACAACAACAUCAGCAUCAGCAGCAGCACCAGCAACAGCCACAGCAGCAUAUGUCGAGUCUUAAUCGUGGCCCUGUUGCCAAUCACAAGCUGAAUCCGCCAUCGCUUAAGCCCACCAUACAACAGAUCUUUCCGCCCAGCGAGCGUGCGCCUGGUGCCACAACGCUGGCCUGCAUGAAGGAAUGUGAUAUUGAAAAGUUUGCCGCAGACAAUCUCAAUCUGCACUCCAAGGGUAUUUUUCGCAAAAAGGCUUCAGUGCGUGAUAUGCUCAGCUGGACACAGGAGGCCAUAAGCCGGCCCAUGUUGGCGCUCUCGCGCGACAAGGCUGACAAAAAGACAGCGAUGGAGCUGUUCAAGCUGGUGCAAAUCUAUAUGGGCGAUCGCAAGGCGCGCCAGGGCAUGAGCCUAAACUCCGUGGCCAUAGACAUCAUAACCGCCUCAUUGCCACAGCAGCAAUUGCGUGAUGAGCUUUAUGUGCAGCUCUGUCGCCAGACGACGGAGAAUCCCAAGCGUGAGUCGCUCAUACGCGGCUGGGAGUUAAUGGCCAUAUGUUUGUCCUUUGUGCCGCCCUCGCCCACGUUUCAACCAACGCUGCUCAACUAUGUUAAUCGUCAUCGUGAUCCAUCGUUUGCCACUGGCUUUAUGGAGGUUUGUAAAUGGCCCAUACAUGUGCAGAUCUCGCACUAUGCCACUGUUUGCUGUCGUCGCUUGGAUCGCAUAGGCAGCAGUGGUCGUCGCUUGGCCAAGAAGCCCUCCGGGGAUGAAGUGGAGCAAGCGCGCCAACAAAUUUUGCGCAAUAGCAUGUUUGGCAAUACACUGGGCGAGGUUAUGGAGCUGCAAAAGGACAAAUUUCCGUUUAGAAAAUUGCCCUGGAUACAAACUACGCUUUCGGAGCAUGUACUGCUGCUUAAUGGCAAGCAAACUGAGGGCAUCUUUCGUGUAUCCGCCGAUGUGGAUGAGGUCAAUUGCAUGAAGAAUCGUUUGGAUCGCUGGGAUGUGCCUGACUAUACAAACAACAUGGUUGAUGCACAUGCGCCUGCUAGUUUGCUUAAGCUGUGGUAUCGCGAACUGUAUGAUCCGCUUAUACCCGAUGACUACUAUGAGGAUUGCGUGAAUACUGAGGAUCCCGAUAAAGCCAAAGAAAUAGUUAAUAAGUUACCCCAAAUUAAUCAGCUGGUUCUAACGUAUCUAAUACAUUUUCUGCAACAAUUCUCAAACUCUGAUGUGGUCAGCUGCACUAAAAUGGACUCUUCGAAUCUGGCUAUGGUGUUUGCGCCAAAUUGUCUGCGCUGCACUUCAGAUGAUCCCAAGGUGAUACUGGAGAAUGCGCGCAAAGAGAUGUCCUUUAUACAUGUGCUCAUCCAGCAUAUGGAUACAACGCAUGUGGCCAAUCUGGUGUAGAGCUGCUUGAAAAACAACCAAUGAUUAUACCUACCUACUUAUAUAUAUUAUAUAUAAAUAAUAUGUAAACGUUAUUAGCCUAUCCUAACAAACUUACCCUAUGCUAUUGAAACUUGUAACUUGAAUUUGUAUUUCUACAAAAGUGUGAAAAUGUAGCACAGACAAUGUGCUGCUAAAAACUAACUCCUAACUUUAACUUUAACUACCUAUACUUUACUUUUGCUACUCGAAUUUUUCUUACUACUUAUUCAAAUAAUUUUAACAACAAAACGCCUAUACCGCUUUAAUAUAGCAAGAAACCGAAACAAAUACUCACAAAUUUGUCAGCAAUGUAACGUGUAGUGCUUUUGAAACCAAAAACUAAAAAUUUAAUUGAAUUUGAAUAAUUGAACUGUAAACUAAUUGUGUGCAUGCAAUUAUAGUUUAAUUUGUUUGUUUCCAAACAUAAUUUAUGAAAUUUAAAGCAAAAUACUCAACACUCAAGCUUCUAAAUGAGUGUACUGCAAAAGAUGCCAGUAUACAAAUCAAUAAAUUAAACAUGAAAAAUUUGCUUAAAAACUUAGUGCUAUAAACACACAAUAUACAACACAAAAAGUAUUUAUUCGUAUGCAUAAAUUAAUUAAUAAAUAUAUAUAUACAUAUGUUAUACAGUGCAACAGAAUUAUCAAGUGAGGUACACUGAAAGCUAAGCAAGCGUUAAUCUAUAGGAUACCAAACUAUAAGAGCAAUUGAACAUAUAUAAAUAUGUGUGUAUGUAUGUAAAACCCGAACGAGUUCGAUUUAAAGCAUGAGAGU